CUCAGUGGCAGAAUCGUGAAUAGCACACAGUUCGCCGUCCAUGUCCGCCAUCGAAGCGCGCUCCCUCUGCUCUGCGACAAAUGUGAAACCCUAAUCCCGUUCCUGUGCUCUCCUUCUUAUUCGUCGUCUUCUUCUUCGCUUUGGAUCUCCCCGGAUGCAGCGGCGGAGCCAGUAGUUGGGCCGCAGUUCCACGGGGUGCCGAAGCGUAGCUCGGAUCCGAAGUUUUCUGGAGAUCAGGGGCCUCUCGUUGGAGCAUUCAAAAAUUAAGCUUUAAUUUUAUAGUUCCGGUUAAUAAAUUAAUGAAGAUGGAGCUGGAACUUGCGAUCACAGUUUUAUUUCUUUUAUCAUUUCUAACUAUUGCAAGUGGGGAAGUAUAUAUUGUCCAUGUAGAAGGGGAACCUGUAGUGAGUUACAACGGAGGUGUAGAUGGUUUUUCUGCUACAGCUAUUGAUAUAACUCAGGAGAUGGACAUCACCAGUGAAUCUGUUACAUCAUAUGCUCUUCACCUCAUAAACAAGCACAAUUCUCUUCUUGAAUCGGUUUUUGAAGUUGGGACCUAUGAGAAGCUAUACAGCUAUAGUCAUCUAAUCAAUGGAUUUGCAGUUGACAUUUCUUCUGAACAGGCUGAAGUUCUCCGUGGUGCUUCUGGAGUGAAAUAUGUGGAAAAAGACAUGAAGAUAAAGAAAUUGACCACUCACACUCCACAAUUUCUGGGAUUACCAACCGGGGUAUGGCCAACAGGUGGAGGUUUUGAUAAAGCAGGAGAAGAUAUUGUCAUUGGAUUGGUGGAUUCAGGAAUUUACCCCCAGCAUCCUAGCUUUUCCGCACACAAUAGUGAACCAUAUGGGCCUCUUCCUCGUUAUAGAGGGAAAUGUGAAGUUGAUCCAGAAACACAGAGGAACUUUUGCAAUGGAAAGAUAAUUGGAGCACAACAUUUUGCAAAAGCUGCCAUUGCUGCUGGUGCAUUUAAUCCAUCAAUUGAUUUCCCGUCACCAUUGGAUGGUGAUGGUCAUGGAAGUCAUACUGCUGCUAUUGCUGCUGGAAACAAUGGAAUCCCUGUCAGAAUGCAUGGAUAUGAAUUUGGAAGGGCUAGUGGCAUGGCACCACGUGCUAGGAUUGCUGUGUACAAGGUUCUUUAUAGGCUUUUUGGGGGAUAUGUCUCUGAUGUCGUUGCUGCUAUUGAGCAGGCUGUUCUUGAUGGUGUCGAUAUUCUUAAUCUUUCAGUAGGGCCAAACAGCCCACCAACAACAACCAGAUCCACAUUUUUGAAUCCUUUCGAUGCUGCACUUCUUUCUGCAGUAAAAGCUGGAGUGUUUGUUGCUCAGGCUGCUGGAAAUGGUGGCCCGUUUCCAAAAACGUUAGUGUCAUUCAGUCCAUGGAUUACUACAGUAGCUGCAGCUAUCGAUGAUCGUAGAUAUAAGAACUUUUUAACCCUGGGUAAUGGAAAAACCUUAACAGGGCUUGGAUUAUCACCCGCCACCCAUGGGAACACGUCAUUUGAUAUAGUUUGUGCAAAUGAUGUGAUGCUGGAUUCAUCUUUGAUGAAAUACAAUCCAUCAGACUGCCAAAGGCCUGAGCUGUUGAACAGGAACAAGGUGCAGGGAAAUAUUCUUCUGUGUGGAUAUUCUUUCAAUUUUGUUUCUGGAACUGCAUCCAUCAAAAAAGUGUCUGAAACAGCAAAAAGUCUUGGGGCGGCAGGCUUUAUUGUAGCCGCUGAGAACUCUUAUCCAGGUACCAAAUUUGAUCCUGUACCCGUUGAUACUCCAGGGAUCCUCAUAUCAGAUGUCAGAAAAACACAGGAACUUAUUGAUUACUACAAUGCUUCAACAAGAAGAGAUUGGGCUGGUCGGCCUAGUAGUUUCCAGGCAACUGCCAGCAUUGCCAAUGGUUUGUCACCCAUACUCCAUAAAUCAGCCCCUCAGGUGGCAUUGUUCUCGUCAAGAGGGCCAGAUGUUAAAGAUUUCAGCUUUCAAGAUGCCGAUGUCCUUAAACCCGAUCUACUAGCUCCUGGCAAUCUCAUUUGGGCUGCUUGGGCACCAAAUGGGACAGACGAGGCUAAUUAUUUAGGAGAAGGCUUUGCUAUGAUUUCUGGCACAAGUAUGGCGGCUCCCCAUAUUGCUGGAAUCGCAGCCCUCAUAAAGCAAAACAAUCCACAUUGGAGCCCGAGUGCAAUCAAGUCCGCCUUGAUGACCACCGCUUCUACUCUGGAUCGAGGCGGCAGACCAAUAUUAGCUCAGCAAUAUUCCAGCUCAGGCAUUAUGAAUUUUGUGCAGGCUACACCAUUUGAUUAUGGAAGUGGUGCUGUUGAUCCCAAAGCUGCACUGGAUCCUGGCCUUGUCCUAGACUCAACUUACGAAGACUACAUCAAGUUCUUGUGCUCAGUUCCAGGUGCAGAUCCACAAGAAAUCUCAAACAUCACCAAUUCCCAAUGCAACAGCACCCGCAGUCAUCCAGCCGACCUAAACACUCCAUCGAUCACCAUCUCGCACCUCGAAGGAACUCAAACAGUGAAAAGAAGAGUGACAAACAUCGCAGACACUGAGACUUACGUCAUGACUGCAAAAAUGGCACCGGAGAUCGCCCUCGAAGUGAACCCGCCAGCCAUGACGGUGCUCUCAGGUGCCUCCCGGGAUUUCACUGCGACUCUCACAGUCAGGUCAGUGACUGGUGAGUACAGCUUCGGUGAGAUAGUGAUGAAAGGAGACAAAGGGCACAGAGUGAGGAUUCCAGUGGUGGCAAUGGGCUACCGUAGCUAAUUUCGGUAGUAUUUUGGUGUUCUUUUAUCACUAGAACUUACGUUAUUUUUUAUAUAUCGUAUAAUAAAUUGUAGGACAUAAAAAAGUUGUAAAUUUUGCUGGUGCUUAUGUAGUUGCUACUUGGUGUUGAGCCCAUGAUUAUUAUCAUGAAAAUAUCAGGUUUAGUGAUGGUUAUAAAUA